UUUUUUUUUUCAAUUAGGUUUCGCAUACUUAAUCUAUUGAGAUUCCACCCACCCGUUUUCCCACCCCCAUCCCGCUACUAGAAAAGGGGAUCAUCAUUCUUUAUCAUAGAUCAGAUAAAAUUCCAGAAUUCUUUAUAAAUUUCAGAAAAACAUUCCUUAGUUUUACUCCACGAGCUAUUUUAACUUAAUCAUACCAAGUUGAACCAAAAAAAGUUAAAAUACCGCACUACAAAGGUCAUCCAGUUAGACUUAUAGAUUAUAGCAACCUAUUGAACUUUGUUCGCUAGUUUUUUUUUAUCACCAUUUUACAACCAAACACUUUAGAUAGAUCAUAUAGCAUAUACACACACAAGUUACAAUGCCAUUGACCAGGUCAUCACUGCAAACAAACACCCACCACCAUCAUCGUCACAUCAAGAACAUUUUCAAAAGGGAAAAGUCCCCCGAUGACACCCCAUCUUCAAACAGUUCAUCCACAGUGGGACUUUCCAAAUUGUUUCACCACACUAAGGAAGCAGAAAAUGACCAUCCUGAGUUGAAACCACCAAGUCGUGUUCCUUCUGCAUUUGCAAUUAGACGCCAUAACACUAACCCGGGGAGAUUACGAAGCAAUUCAGAAAAGAUACCGACCCAUUCGGAAUCAUCAUCGCCAGUACAACAGCAACAUGCAGGCCAAGGCCAUCCUCCUUUCCACCAGCCAAAGAAACUUACCAAGGCAGAAACGUUUGCUCAUUUACAGCAAUUGAACACCAAGAAUGCUCACCAGCAACAACUUAGAAGCAGUCGCUUGCCCUCCAACCACAACAAUAUCGCCACUCCAACCUCAGCUGAAAAGAUUGUUUAUAAUCCUUAUGGGUUAAAUAAGAAUCCUUCCCAAGAAGGGCCAAAAAACACCAGUUUUUACCUUUCUGGGGUUGCUGAUGGCGAGCGUGUUGUCGCCAACCCAGUAGCUGAUCCCAAUGACUACUUGCCAGAAGAUUUGAAACAAGCUAGUGUAAACUUGCUCGAAGACUAUGAAAUUGAUGUAGGUACGAAAAAGUUGGGUGCAGGUGGUUCCUCCGAUGUGCGCAUUAUCAAUUCUGUCCAUAAUAAAAAGAUUGUGUUUGCGUUAAAGAAAUUCACAUUAUUAUCCAAAGAAACCGACGAAGAAUUCUACAAGCGUGUUCUGAAGGAAUACGUGAUUCAUAAAAAGGCAGCCAUAUCCAGACAUGUGGUUGACACCACUGCUAUUGUCAGAAUCCACAGUCAGACCAACUUGACUAGAGGUUGGGGUAUGGUUUUGGAAUUCUGUGGCGGGGGUGAUUUGUUUUCGUUGAUUGUUAAACCAGGUUGGAAACGGGCUCCCUUGAAUGAAAAAUUCUGUUUAUUUAAGCAAAUUGCAUAUGGGAUCAAGUUUCUUCAUGAUAAUGAUAUUGUUCAUCGUGAUAUCAAACCAGAAAAUGUUUUGCUUGAUGCCAAUGGAUUGGCUAAAUUGUGUGAUUUUGGGGUUAGUGAAUAUGGUCAUGAAAUCCCCGGUGACUUAACAUCACCUGCUAAAUUAUCCUGUUCUUAUGUUGGUUCUCCCCCUUACUCCCCACCGGAAGUUAUGCUUUUAAAGGAAAAAUCUCAUACCGAGGUCAAAAAUUUCGCUUAUGAUCCAUUCAAAAUGGAUCAUUGGGGAUUAGGAAUGAUGCUUUUCUGCUUAGUUUACUGCGGGGUUCCUUUCCAACAUGCUAGUCCUAAUGAUCAUGCAUUCCGUGAUUAUAAGUUUAGCCACAAGCGAUUUUGUUCUGAUCAUCAAGCAUUUAGAAAUAAUGUCGGGUAUACUAAAGGUCCUGGAAGUGAAUUCAAAUUGGCGGCUAAAUUCGAAAGUACUGGUGCUUCAAGAGUAGCUUGGAAGUUGUGCGAUCCAUCUCCCGAAUCAAGAUACAACCUCGAUAUGUUGUUUAAUGAUCCUUGGUUCCAAUCUUUGGAGAUGUGUAUUUAUGAACAUCCAGACCAAGAAGUCAAUCCCUUUGUUUUACCAGGAACCGGAGAAAACAUGCCUGGAUCAGGACAAUCCAACUUUCCUUACUCAUCCGCUGGCUCGGUUGCUGGAUCUGCAGCACCAUCACGUAGGGCUACAUUCAAUAGAAACCCCCGUUUGGAAGAAGAGAGUGUUAUUGCUACCGGAGAAUUGCCUGCUAAUUCAUCACUUAGAAGUAUGUUAGAUCUUGGCGAUGUCACCAAGAAAAUCAAUGAAAUUAAGGUUACACAACGCGGAUCCAACGCUGCUACUCCUAUGUCACCACAAACACCAUCACAUGCUUCUGAUUUUACUCCUGGAUCAACACCAGAUAUAAACGGGGGUGUUCGUCGAGUCAAGUCUAUGUUGGAUGUUGGUAAAAGUGAGAACACUGGUUCGACAGUUACACCUAUGCCGGUUACACCCCCCUCUCCAAUCGAAGAAAACUUGGAAUCCACUGGUGACAAUUUGCCAGCUGUAACUGAGACUGAAGACGAGCAUGUACCUUUAGUUCAAGAGAUGACCAAGAUACCGGAAAAUGUACAAGCUGAGGAAGAAGCCGAAGAAGCAAUCAAGGAAGAGAAGAUAAAAGAACGCCCACUGCAGGAGUCUGAAAGCAGCGGUAUUGGAGAACAAGAGUCUAUCUUCCCCUUACCAUUGCCUAGAAAUGACACCAAGAUCAAACGGGACCAUUCUUCAUCGUCACUUCAGUAUGAUACUUCAUUUGAUCAUGAUAUAUCACUUCAGUAUGAUUCUACUUUGCAGUCAGAUUUACAGACAUCUCUUCGCAAGGAUACUUCCAUGACUGAAAAUAUUUCAAGUCAAGAGAAGGAAAUGAAGCAACUUCAAGUGGAGCAAUCUAGUAGUCAAGAGAAGGAACUUUCCGAUAGUGAAAAAGCAGAUGCACGCUCCCUUGCAGAGUUGAAGCCCAAGUUGUUAAAGAGUAUCCCCGACUUGCAAUUAGAUAAAGACGGUACAUGCGAUCUUGGUUAUAAGAUAAAGAAGCAUAACCAUACUGGUGUUAGUGGCGCUGAAAUCAGUGGUGCUGUUCGGAGAAGGUGAUACGAUUUUUUUUUCUUCUUUAGUUAUUGCUUUUGUUUAUAGGGUUUGUAUUUAUUUGAUAAAUGAUACGUUUACAUAGAUAGAGUAUCAGAUUUAUACAACACCCGUUAUGUAAUACUAGUGUCAAGAUUUAGACGUAAAUGUACAUUUAUUUUUUUUGAUUAUGUGUAAAGCUAUGAACCCAGAUUGAAUGAAAUAGAAAACAAUUUAUAUAAAUAUUAAAAUGUGAUAGUUGUUUUAUAAAUUAUUCAACGUUAAAUUUAAGCUUGUAAAGAAACUCUACCCUUUGGAUUAGUAACCUUGACACCAAUCUUCUUAGCCUUGGCAACAAUUUCAACUCUGUUCUUAGCAGAAAUGUUGUGGGCAAUUUCAGCAGCAUAAGUCUUAGUGUGCAAUAACAAGACAUCUAAGUCCUUGACGUUCUUGACUAAGAAGACCUUGUGACCAGAUGGGGUCAUGUGCUUGGUCUUGGUGUUAGAACCGUAACCAAUGUUUGGUUGAGGAAUGGUACCUCUGAAUCUUCUUCUGACACAAGAGUCAAUACCCUUUUGCUUUCUCCAGUUUUCAGCAACUCUGUGGUAUCUGUCAGAGUGGUGUCUCUUGAACUUCUUGGUGUAUUUCUUGACAAUCUUUGGGUGUGGUAAAGAAGCAGCCACUUUUUGAAUCUUGGUGUUU